AGUCCCGGCCAGCCGCUCUUGCCAUCACAAGUACACAAACCCAUCCAAGUACCAAACGACAGCAAGCGCUGAGCUAGAGAUCCAUGGCCGCCACCACCGUCGCGGCGUCUCUGUCCGUUGCCCAGGCGCUCGGGAAGCCCCUGUGCGUCGGCAACGCGUCGUCGCUGCGCGCCUCGCCGCAGGGGGCGACGAGGUCGGCCUGCAGGAUGGCCGUCCGGGCGUCGGCGCAGAAGCAGCCCGCGAAGGAGUGGGCGGCGGCGGCGGCCGUGGCGGCAGUGCUGGUGCUGCCGGAGGUCGCGGAGGCCGCGCAGCCGGCGCUGUCGCCGUCGCUCAAGAACUUCCUGCUCAGCAUCGUCUCCGGCGGGGUCGUGCUCGUCGCCAUUGUCGGCGCCGUCGUCGCUGUCUCCAAUUUCGACCCCGUCAAGCGGGGCUGAAUGCCUACGCGUCGCACGCCAGCUGCUCCGUGACCAUGAUCGGCUUAGGCUGUGUGUAUCUAUGUACUGAGAGCGGUCGAUCACUUUUCCGUAUGCUUCUGAAUGAACAGUGUUUAUUGCGUGAAACUUUUGCCGUGUAAAUUUAAUUUGAUGCAUGAUCGAUCGUAUGAGCUGACAAGUUCAAUACACGUAAUUGAGAUGGUGUAUAUGCGGCAUUUUGUUGAA